AUGGGUGUGGCACAGGCAGGAAGGAACUUCCCCGACGACACGGAUCCGGACUACCUUAAGCGGCUUGCUUCAGCCUGGAGACCCGAGAGAGACGAACAAGCAAAUGGAACGGUUUCAGAUGACCUCGAGGAAGAGUUCCGAGUCACUUAUUCGGGUGCUGAUCCACCGGCUGAGUUCGACGCGAGGAAGAAGUGGACCAACUGUCCCAGCCUUUCCCACAUCUAUGACCAAGGGUACUGCGGGGGUUGUUGGGCAGUGUCCUCAGCAUCCGUGAUCACGGAUAGGAUUUGCAUUUCCAGUAACGGUAAGUUCAAAGACACGAUUUCAGCGUGGGAGAUCCUUUCUUGCUGCGUCGAAGAUAAAUGCUGUUAUGGCUGUGACGGGGGCUUGGAAGAGUGUGCUUUCAAAUACUACGCGAAACAUGGCGUCGUAACCGGAGGAGAUUUCGGCACAAACCAGGGUUGCAAGCCGUAUCUGAUAAAACCUUGCAUACAUCAUAUGGACAGAGAUGGCAAAUAUAAGAUUUGCGAUAGUUCCAAUAAGACGGUAGUCUCAUCCUGUAAAACGGAAUGCUCUAAUAAAAGCUAUCAGACACCCUUUGCAAAGGACCGACAUUUUGGUAAACGCGCCUACCAAGUAAAAGCUGCUGAUCUCAAAAAGGAGCUAAGUGAAUUUGGCCCGGUCACGAUGAGCUUUGAAGUGUUCGCAGACUUCCCACUUUAUAAAUCAGGAAUAUACCAUCAUGUAACUGGAAAAAAGCUGGGAUGGCACGCCGUAAGGGUAAUCGGGUACGGCCCAGGGUACUACCUGGCUGCAAAUUCUUGGAAUUCUGAAUGGGGAGACAACGGGCUGGUCAAGUUUAAAAGUGGCACAAAUGAAUGCUCGAACGAAGAGGACGGUUUCCAGACAGCUUCACCGAAAGAAUGAUCAUUCUUCACGAAAAAAGUGGAUUGCUGAUUUAGCAAUUAAAUUGUUAAAAAUACGUCCCACAUGUUUCAAAUGUACAUUUUACAAUAAA